AUUUUUGGAGUUCAAAUAACCAAGUUGUGCAUAGAAUUAAUUUUAAUCUUCAUUACUACAAGUCUUUAGAUCUUCAUUAGAACUUUCGAGAUCAUUACAUCAAAAAAAAAAUCUGUUUGAUUUUUUUAGAGGAUAUAAUUACAAGUGAUUGUGUAAAAUGGCUGAUAGAAUACCAGAAACCUAUACAUUUGAUGAGCAGCAAAAUCUCCGAUUUGAAUCGUUAGUGAGAAAAAGAAAUCACAAUAAUUUAAUUCUGUCGGUGCCUUCAAAUGCUAAAGAGGCAAUUUGCUUUUUGAUAAAAAGAGGGUUCAAUGCAAAUGGUGUUAUUUUGGUGAUUUCACCAUAUAAAAAGCGUAUCAACUAUGAAGUUCAAUACUUAAAAGAUUUAGGUUUAACAGCAACAACAAUAAUUGAAGAUACAUCUAUUCCGGAUCGAGAAGACAUUUAUGCAACUUUUUCGGAAGAAUUUUUCUAUUGUACACCCGAAAUGAUUGAAAAUGGAUUUAGAGAAGUCAGAAGUUUCAUUAAUUAUUUACUGGACUCUAAAAUUUGUACGGUUAUAUUCGAAGAAGCUGAGUUAAUAACGUACACGAGGAGAACAUCUUUUCAAUUUUUGAGGAACGUACGAGAAAGGUAUCCAAAAGUUCAAUGGAUAGCACUUACAGAUGCAUCAGUUCAAGGAAUUCAACAUAUUGCUUCUAGUUUAUCGAUGGAAAAUUAUGAAAUAAUUGAAAUGGAAUAAACUUUUUAAAAUUCAAAAAGUAAAUUGUAUAAGGGAUCGUUUAUGGAUGAAACACAGAAUUGAAUUUUGUUGAUUAUGCAGAUUUAUUUAAAGUAAAAUAAAUGAACAUGGAAACUAAGCAGCAAAAAAUAUAUACAUCUUGUUUCCUGUUUCGAUAAUACUUAAUUUUAUUGUUCAUAAUGUUUUUUUCUUUUCCUUCAAUUAGAAUGCUG